AUGCCGCCCGCCAAGCUUACGAAAGCCGAUAAGGACAUUGUGACUCGUGUCGUUCCGAAGUCAUCCAACAAAGUCGUCUACGGUGCCAUAGCGAGGCUUUACGUCAACUACCCCGAUCGGACAAAAUGGAACUUUACCGGCAUCAGUGGAGUGGUGGUGUUGGCGCAAGAUCUAGUGGGGAAGACGCUGUUCUUGAAGAUUGUGGAUAUCAAGGGCAAACCAGGGGUACUGUGGGAUCAGGAAAUCUACCAAGGGUUCCAGUACAAUACUGACCGCACAUUCUUCCACACCUUUGAGCUGGAAAGAUGUAUGGCCGGAUUGUCUUUUGCCGAUGAGAAGGAGGCUGCUGAGUUCCAGAAGAGGGUCGCGAAGGAAAUUACCAAGCAGGGGCUGGGGGGAAGCCCUGGUCCGGGUCAGGCUCAUCACGGUCAUCUCCAUAUGCCGCAUUUGAGAUUGUCGUCGGCUAAGUCGAAGCCGGCCGCCGUCAACGGAAAUGUCCAUACCACUAGUCCCACGACUAGCGCUCCGAGCUCGGGGUUGUCAAUGGAUCCGAACGACCCGGCGUUCCAGAAAUUGUUGGAGGAAUUAAAGCAGCUGGGCCUUACCGAGGAGCAGAUCCGAGAUAAGGAUACCCAAGAGUUCAUAAUCAGCUAUAUCGAGCAGAAGGAGAAAGAGGAGCAGAGGCAGAAGGAAGAGAAGGAGCGUUCGGAGGCAUAUUCUAAUGGUACUGAUGCCCCUACUCUACCACGGACGGCGUCGACCUCUCGGGCAGGAAGAGCGCCCCCACCGCCUCCACCACCUCCGCCGCCAUCCGCUCCGCCAGCACUCCCGCCAGCGCCUCCCCCGUCGUUGCCGCCAGGACCCCCGCCUCCUAGAGGGUCACUAGGCGCAAGAGCUGGAAUGUUGACCCCACAGGCCACAGGGGGAAGUUCAAUGGGAAAGAAGGCUCCCCCCCCCCCACCACCACGAAGAGGGCAUGUGGCUACCCACUCGACGGGUUCUUCGUCACCCCCAUCUCGCUCACCCAUUCCUGCUUCUCCGGAACCGCCGCGCACUCGGACACCUCCUCAACUCCCGGCGCCGAAAUUCGCAGUGCCCCCACCGUUUCCCGAUGCCGGUGCAUUCGUUCGCCAACCUCCGCCGCCGUCACGAACUACUCCUGCGCCACCGGCACUUCCUCCGCCAUCAGCGCCUCCUCUGCCGCCCAAGACGCCAUUGGAAGAGAAUGGCCAUUCUGGACACAGAUUCGGUGUACCACCGCCGUUUGUGCCUCCUACUCCUGCCAGAGCACCGCCAGCGCCUAGUUUACCGGUCAGGUCCAGCGGCCCACCACCGCCUCCUCGGCCGCCAAUGGAGCCGCCUGCCCCACCUGCGCGCGAAGUUCCACCCGUACCGUUUUCAGCACCACCCCCACCGCCACCGAUACCUUCCUCGUUACCACCGCCGCCACCCCCGAUACCUCACAGCCUGCCACCGCCACCACCCCCGAUGCCAGGCUUCACAUCUUCUGCCCCGCCGGCCCCUCCCCUCAUGCCUGGCUUCGCACCUUCUGCCCCCCCGCCACCCCCUCCCCCUAUGCCAGGUUUCACAUCUUCUGCACCACCACCGCCGCCUCCACCCCCACCGCCACCUCCUAUGGGCGGUGCACCUCCAGCCCCACCCCUCCCUCCUGGAUUCGGCGGGCCACCACCUCCACCACCACCACCACCACCACCAAUGCCACCUGUGGGUAAUAAUGCGCCCCCACCGCCCCCGCUACCACCAAUGGGUGGACCGCCACCGCCUCCCCCAAUGCCCCCGCGCGCCGACGGCGGCGGAGCCCCGAAGAUUGCGACUCCCGGGGGUCUACCACCGCGAGACGACUUACUGGCGAAUAUCCGCAAAGCUGGUGGUACAGGAGGACUCAGGAAGGUGCCGGACAGCGAGAAGAAGAUCAGAGAGGCUCCUAUUGCUACGACUGGUGGGUCUAAGGGAGGAGCUGCAGCUGCCCCGGCGAAUCCUAUGGUAGCGUUACAGGAGGCUCUUAAUAAGAGGAAACAAGCGGUUGCGAAUAAUAAUAGCGAUGAUGAGGAUGAUGGUGCGGACACCUGGGACACAUGA